AUGGGUCUUCACAAGCGGGAAAGAGGAAACAAGGAAAAGAAAGAAAGAAUCAACGUCCGGAACUUGCUGGCGUAUGGAGAGAUAUAUCAUAUAUCACAGGCUUUAUCAGGGGCAUCCAAAGCGGGAAUCCGGUGCGAGGAGAAAGUUCGGGCUUGCGACUCCUCGCCGUGUCUGUGGGGAGGGACGUGCUUGGACCUCCCCCGACAGGAAUACAUGUGCAAAUGCCCCGAAGGAAGGCACGGUGCCAAGUGCGAGUCGGAGACGGACCGGUCGCUGGCGAAGGGGCAUCUCGUCCCGGACUUCAACGGGUUCGGCUGCCUCCUGCUUCCCCGCGUCCCGAGGGCUGGGAGGAGCCUGAGCCUGGAGCUCUGGUUCCUCGCGCGGUCGCCAGACGGGAUACUCUUCUACGUCGGGCAGGGGGUUUCCGGUCAGAAUGCCAGUCUGGCGGGGGAUUUCCUCAGUAUCGCUCUCGUCGACGGUCAUCUCGUCUUCCGGUUCGAUCUCGGAUCCGGACCUCUGACUCUCAGAUAUCCGGAGAAGGUGACCCUGGGGGAAUGGCACAAGGCGACGGCGUCUCGACACAAGAGACAGGGGAAAUUGACCUUGGACAAUCAAAAACCCAUUAGAGCCGAAUCCCCAGAGCCUCUUUCCGAGCUGAAUCUUCGUACAUCCGUCUUCCUGGGGGGACUGAAGGAUCGGAACAUCGAAGACGCGACCUUGGUGAAUCUGCCGGGCCUGGACGGGGCGAUCCAGCGCCUCCUGGUGAAUCGAGAGGAAUACUUGGAGGACUUCGGCGAUUCGUCCCUCGGAGAUGGAAAUAUUUCCAUCUAUCAGGGGCCCCCUUGUCACCCGAAUCCCUGCCUCAAUCUCGGGCAAUGUCUUCCACUCCUUGGCGACUACAAAUGCCUCUGCCCCAAAGAAUUCAGGGGGAAGCGGUGCCAGACGGUCAUGAGCGCGAAGGAACAGGGGACGCCGGUGAAGUUCGAGGGAAGAACUUUCCUCAAGUUCCCGAAUCUCGUCCACAGAUCGCGAAAGACCCAGUGGGAGAAUCACUUCGUCGUGACGCUGAGGAUGGAGCCAGGAGCCCGGAGUUCUCUGAUCCUGUGGCUGGGAAGAGGAGGGAAGCGUCGCAAGGAUUUCCUCGCCCUUUCGACCGCGGCGGGGAGAUUGGAGCUGGGCCUUGCCCUCUCGCACAAAUCGAGGCCCAUCUUCCUCAAGUCUUCCCAUCGGGUGGAUGAUGGGGAGUGGCACACGGUGGAGGUGCAUCGGCUGAAGCGACUCCUGCAACUGCGGGUGGACGGUGGGCAGGUCCAAGGACGUCUGGCUCCGCCGGGCUCCCGGGUACUCAAUUCCAAUGGCAAACUUUGGAUCGGUGGAAGCGACAACCUUCCAGACAACCUCCCGCCUCCGUAUUAUGACGGUUUCGUGGGAUGCAUCAAAUCGGUGCACGUGGAAGAGACGGAGCUGCAUCUCGUUCGGCAUUCCAGUUUCGACCUCCAGCUCAACUUCUGCGAGGAUGGAACAUGAAGAAAGCAGGAGACGAACAGCUGUGAUAUGAGCAGUUUCACCUCCCCUCUUCGGCAGAGAGAGAUCUAUCUAGUCAUGAAUGCCCGUCACCGUGUGAUCUCUCAGUGUGGACGUGAAUGUGUAUCUCUCGGUGCUCCUACCUUUUCCGAAACUGGGACUCUACGUUCGUUAUGGAGAACAUAGUGGCCCUGCCUGUAUCUGUGCUCGUCAGGUUUAGGGUUAUGUGCCAAGCCAUAAUGAAUUCGUCUAUUUUCAUAUGGGACCUGUUGUUUGACAUGUAUCCUCCCCUCUCCCUCUUCAGAAUACCUAGCUCCUUAUCCUCGAGAGGACGCUCAUCCUAACACACAUGAUCUCGAGAAGCCAUUAUCCUCUUUACACCCGGCGGCAAAGUUAUAUGCCAAUUUCGAAAUGUUUUGGCUCGUUGUUUAAACUCCGGGGACGGUGGAUGAAGCAAGAGUCAAUAUUUUUUUAUCCUCCUUGAUAUAGGAGGAAUGGAGCGGCAUAUGUACAUGCCAUCAGGUUUUCUUCCCUAGAGAUGCGCGGUUGAUAACAUGCAUUUUGUGAGAGUAAAAGAAGCUUAUGGAAGUCAGC